GACCGCAUAGCACCUUAUUUAAUCCACUGUCGCUUCGAUAAGUUACUAUGUCACAUGAAAUAGGUUCAGUUAUUAGGGUUUCACUGUCGCUAAUAACCUAAUUAACAACAAAUCAAUGUAUUGGUGGCCAGUCAACACAAAGCAUUAAGAAAUUUCAUGCAAUAGAGAUUGGAAGAAAAGAAUCAUGAAUCAAUCCAUCAAAUCAAGAACUAGCUACAUCCUAUGGUGUUUCCCCCAGAAAUUGGGGUUUAGUUCAUGACGAAAUUAAGAUAAAUCGAUAGGGUUUUAUUCAUCAUGUUCUAAAUCAACAAGAAACAACUAAUUUGGUUUAGGAAAUCAAACCAACUAAUCGCUCUCGUUGAACUCAGCUCUAGCCUUGAAAAAACUCAAUCGCCGAUGGAAAUCGACUGAUUGCCUGCUGCGCCGCUUCCUUUCUUUCUCCACAAGAAAUUCGCCCCCUCACCAAAAAAAACCAAAAAACCAAAAAAACAAAAAGUGCCCCAGCAAAUUAAGUUCCGCCCAUUUAUUUGCCCAGAGAAUUCCGCCCACCAGAGAAUAAUUUUUCCUUUUCCUUCCUCGCCAAAGAAAUCCGCCAGCCCUCUGCCUUCAUUGGCCCAGCCAAGCCGGCCCACAUGGCCUCCCUUCAAAUAAAACCCGCCGCUUCCUUGAUUCCGUCCGCUGCUGUGUCCGCCCAAAAGAAAUCCGGCCCAAUUUAAUUGCCCCAUCCAGCUGGGCCUUGAGCCCAGCUUCGAGAAUGGUUUGUGCACUCGCUCCUCUUUCGUGCUUUCUCCACCUGCAAUAUAUCAAACUCAUGGCACUAGGCAGUAAUGGUUUUUUUCAACCAUUCUCGGGUUAGGGAGCUCUAAAAUAGCACCAAUUGGCUAAAACAUAUCAUGAAUAAUCACAUAAAGUCCAAGAAUCCGAUAUAUUAAAGCCGAAUAUCACCGCGCCGCAUCUUCUUCGCUGCAACUUCUUGUUCUCCUUCGCCGAGACAGAGGGCGGCAGGGGGAUACCGCACCAAAUUUCAAGUCGUCCCCGGAACCGCCGCUAGUGACAGCGAGAUCCGCCACCUCUGAACUGUGGAUGCCUCCUCACCGAGUGCGGCUCCAGCGAGGAACGCUCUCCUCGCCUCCCGCAGAUCCAUCUUGGUCGCCUCGCCUCACAACCCUCUUUUCGCCAUCGAGGAGGGUCGGUCUCGGUCAUGUCGGCGGUGAGGAUUAUGAUGGACGGAGGUGGAGAGUUGGGGUUGGCGGCCCAUUUCGGGGCUUGGCUGAGCUUGGAAUGUGCAUAUGCGGAGCUUGGUGAGGAGGAUUGUGAUGGACGAAGUGGAGAUUUAGGGUUGUGCUCGGGCGGCAGCAGGUGGUAGGAGGGGAUAGUCGCUAUUUUUAUGAGCGGCGGAUGGGGAACAGAAGGGGAAAGAACUGAGAGGGAGAUAGAAAAAAAUGACAAUGGUGCAUAUGAUCCGCUCAAAAUUAUAGUUGUAUUUAUUCAACAUUUAAAAAAAAAAAUUCCACCAAAUCAUAGCUAGUUUGUAAAAAUAAUUAUAUUUCAAUUAGAGAUAGGGAGAGUGUAACGGCCAACGGGUAGCUCCAAAGGAAGAAAAUUAAUAAAUUAGUAUAAUAGUUAAUUAAGAAUUAAAAUUUAG